GGAACCUUUUGCAGAUUUUCCUUUUAUGUGCUGCUGACUAACAGACUGUUACCACUCAUGGGACUUGAUGGUGGACAAACAGGGUUCUUUAAGACCUUAAAAGAACGAAACGUAGUGUUUAGAACAGUGAGACCUAGGGGUUCAGGAUAUCUCAGGUAUCCCAGAGUGCUCACGGUUAUUUCAGCGUAGGGAACACGACAGCCAAUCUGCACUCGGCGAACUUCCGCUAAGGCCUCACGCACCCCUCUGCCCCCUGACAGACCAUGCAGCGUGAGAAGCUGAAGUGUAAGAACCUGCAUGAGUACAUGAGGAGCCUCACCCCCAGCAUCCUGGACAAACUCUACAACCAUCCAGCAACGUGCCUGGCUGUCUUCAGGGAGCUGCCAGCCCUGGCUCAGAGUUACGUCAUGCGCCUGCUGUUCUUGGAUCAACCCUUGCCCCAGGCUGCCGUCACCUUCUGGGUGAAGAAGGAUAACCAACGAGAUCACGAUGAGUGCAUGAACAUCCUGAUGGGGCUUCGACUGUGGCAUUCCCAGCAGCUUCCUGGUGGACUCCAGGGCCUGGUCCUAAACCCUAUCUUCAAAGAGAACCUGCGCAUUGCACUUCUUGGGGGCGGCAAGCCCUGGGCAGAUGACACCAGUCAGCUGGGACCUGACAAACAUGCUCGAGACAUCCUUUCCCUGGACAAGUAUGCCAUGGAGCGUUGGGAGGUGGUUCUCCAUUUCAUGGUGGGCUCCCCCAGUGCAGCAGUCAGUCAGGACCUGGCUCAGCUUCUGAUUCAAGCCGGACUGAUGAAAAGCGAAGCAUCUGAGGCUCCCUGCAUCACCUCAGCCGGCUUUCAGUUCCUCCUGCUCGACACGUCCUCCCAGCUCUGGUACUUCAUGCUGCAGUACCUUCAGACAGCCGAGUCUCGCAACAUGGACCUGGUUGAGAUUCUAUCCUUCGUGUUCCAGCUUAGCUUCUCCACACUGGGCAAGGAUUACUCAGUGGAAGGAAUGAGUGACUCCCUGCUGAUGUUCCUGCAGCACCUGAGGGAAUUUGGCCUCGUCUUCCAGAGAAAGCGUAAGUCACGACGAUUCUACCCCACUCGCUUGGCCAUUAACCUGGCAUCUGGAGUGUCCAGCAGCUCGGUAGAUGUGCACCGUCAGGGAUUCAUCGUUGUGGAGACAAACUACAGGAUCUACGCUUACACCGACUCGGAGCUGCAGCUGGCUCUCAUCGCGCUGUUCACCGAAAUGCUGUAUCGCUUCCCCAACAUGGUGGUGGCUCAGCUCACCCGAGAGAGUGUGCAGCAGUCCAUCGCCAACGGGAUCACUGCCGAGCAGAUUAUCCACUUCCUGCGGACGAGAGCCCACUCGGUCAUGAUGAAGGAGAAUCCAGUGCUACCUCCGACAAUCACCGAUCAGAUCAGACUGUGGGAGAUGGAGAGAGACCGAUUGAGGUUCACUGAAGGUGUCCUGUACAACCAGUUCCUCUCCCAGGUGGAUUUUGAGCUCCUGCGGAACUACGCCCGGGAUCUGGGGGUCCUGGUUUGGGAAAAUCCCACCAAGAGGUUGAUGGUGGUUACCCCGGGGGGACACCCUGACGUCAAGCGGUUCUGGAAGCGGCAGAAGCACAGCUGACCGUCCGGGAGGUUCCUCGCCGAGGAUCGCUGCUCGCAGACAUAAUCCGGGGGGGAGAGAGAGAGAGAGAGAGAGAGGGAGGGAGCGCCCUGGAGCGACUGACCCACAUACAGCACCACGUUCCUGUUUUCUACGUGUCGUUGGCGGCUUGUUUCUCAAUAAUCUUUAAAAGAAAAAGAGGCAGAGAAGAAGUAAAUAAAGAAAUUUGGUAUUAAAUCUCACUCGGCAUGGCACAAAUCUCCCACCCGCAAGCCCCGGGACUGCACCCCUGCUGUGUGGAGGCGGAAAAUGCUGGAAUUCCUCAGGCGCAGUGCUGUCAUCUGCAGGACUGUUAACAGCGGGAUGUUCUGGGCACUGGAGCUGAAAUGCUGCCCCGGCGGCUGGUGGAGUCAGGAUUCAAUAAAGAAUCUGGAAUUAAGGCACGAAUG